GAUAUGCAGGGCUUCAGCGUCGAUCGUCAUGCCAAUACAUUCACCGGGUAUCUCGCUGGUAGCAGCAACUCUUAUGUUCAGCAUCCAGCUCCAGUGAAGCGAGUCCUGCCCGUGUGCGCAUCUACUGAGAUCAACCAGGGAUUUUUAAAGCGUGCUAACACUCAAAUGGCAUGCCAAGAACCUGACGUAGAUGCUACACCGAAUACGUGCGUGUAUAGCAACGGCUAUGAUAAUAUGGUUUCCGUUUCGGAGGUGAGCUCCAAUCCGUCCUAUCCUACUAGUAGUACGAUGAGUGGGAACCGUGUUUUCACUGACGAUGCGAUGCAACUUGAUAGCCAGGCCGCGGGCUAUGUAAGCGGACACGCCAAGCGUUCAGGGUGGCCCCAACUGGAGACCCAGACAAAUACUGGAUACAGUGCAUUGAGGGGGAACACCUUAUCUGAAAAAUCUAGUAAUAGUACGAUGGACCAGUAUGGGGGGUUAGGUGCCGACGGGGAAGUCGAGACUUGGUUCUAACGGACAACGCGCGGGUUUCGAUGGUGGUGUUCAGUGUUAAAUACUCAUUAACAACCUCCGAUUGUCAACAGGCGAUUCGCGUAUGGUCCAGAAGACGGGAUCGACAAGUAUGCCCCUCGAUCAACACAAGCAUGGAAGCACAUCGAAUUGGAAAUCAUAAUUAUGUGCGGUGUUGCCGAGCGGUGUUGCAGACCUAUAGUUCAAAUUCUGGCUGGUCAGACCACCCAAAAGUAUUGCAUGUGAACACCACACAAAUGUACCCAGGAUCUGGGUACAGGUGUUUGGGCACCAUACUCGGUGUGCGUACAUGCAAUACACCAUGAGAUGUCCUGAAUGCUCAACAUAGGUUGUCGACGUAUUGUGUAGUGCAUAAGUGGUGCGGUCAGGCGUUGUGACAUAAAUACAAGCGGGAUAUUUGCCGUAAUGAUAGAAAUCCAGAAAACAUACAAUUUCACGAAUGCUCCCCACCCACGGAUGACGGAUCACAAUUCCAACUGCGUCUAAGCAAGUGAUUAUCGGAGCUUGCCCGGGGUUUAUAGACUCGGCGUAGUUUAUUGUGCGUAUUAAAUUUACGCCGUAUGUCUGUGUUAUUGGAUUAUGGGACGCAGCGAAUGACACAAUUCUGCGAGGAACCUAUCCUCGUGAAACCGGGACACAUCCGCUACGGGGAGUCAGUUCCGUGCUGACUGUUUAGAUGACGUGUUUAUAUGGCCCAUUGCAAUUCCACAAAAUUAAAGGAGAUAAUAUAUACUACGACAAUA